AUGUACCUCCGAGGACGGGAAGAAGACAGGAUGCAGACUGCAUUUAUUGCAUUUCCCGGUCUGGACUUAAAUUUUCUGUCCCUCUUGCUCUCCUUGUUCAUCUCUGCAGAUACCGAACGGAUGUACUCAGUGGUGUUUCAAGAAAUAUGCAGUCGCUAUGGGAAGACAUACAGCUGGGAUUUGAAGUCGCUGGUGAUGGGUAAAAAGGCGUUAGAAGCCGCUCAGAUUGUGAUAGACGUCCUGCAGCUCCCCAUGUCCAAAGAGGAGCUGGUGGAGGAGAGCCAGAGGAAGCUACAGGAGCUGUUCCCCACCGCUGAGCUUAUGCCAGUGCCUCGUCUUCGAAGAUGCCCCCAAUGGGGUGGAGGCCGCCCUGACAGCCGGGAUGCAGGUGGUCAUGGUUCCCGACGAAAACCUGAGCCGAGACUUGACGACCAAGGCCACCGUCGUGCUGAGUUCCCUGCAGGAUCUGCAGCCCGAGCUGUUUGGCCUGCCCGCCUACGAGUGAGGGCCAGGCCCCUGUGUGCUGCUCUGGCCGCAUCCGUGACCCACACUGCUGAGGGAGCGCAGCGGGUGCAGCGGAAUGUGCCCAGCGUGACGGGCGUGUGGGAGCUGUGUGAGUGGGUGCCAGGCUGUACACGUACGGAUAUACUUCUUUCUCCGAGACGGUGUGACUCUACACUUACCUUCGUUUCUGUUUCACCUCAGUGAUCCUGUAUGUCAGGACCUGGACAUGUAUAUAGUACACUGUGCUGUCU